UUUAUCUUUUGAUUUUAGAUCAAGAAACGAUAAUUAUUAUCCAAAUGAGCAAGCCUCAUAAACCCCCAUCAGGCCGCACAAAUUUAGCAUCAUGUAUAGUAGCUACCAUUUUCUUGAUCUUUGUAGUUAUAGUUGUUCUCAUUGUCUUCUUCACUGUUUUUAAACCCAAAGACCCCAAGAUUACUGUUAACGCCGUCCAACUUCCGUCGUUUUCCAUCUCUAACAGCACCGUCAACUUCACUUUUUCUCAGUAUGUCACCGUCAAGAACCCUAACAAGGCCGCCUUCACUCACUACGACAGUACAAUUCAGCUCAUGUACUCCGGCUCCCAAGUCGGCUUCAUGUUCAUUCCCGCGGGUAAGAUCGAAGCGGGUCGGACCAAGUACAUGGCCGCAACUUUCGCCGUCCAGUCCUUCCCGAUUUCCACGGCCGCCGAAGCCAGCGCGGUGGUGGGGCCUGUGGUGACUGGCGGUGGCAUAGGCGGUGCUGGUUGGCCUAAUAACGGGAAUCGGGUGGGACCCUCUUUGGAGAUUGAAUCCAGAAUGGAAAUGGCGGGUCGGGUAAGGGUAUUGCAUGUCUUUACCCACCACGUCGAGGCCAAAUCUGGAUGUAGGGUUGAAAUUUCUGUGAAUGAUGGAUCUGUAUUAGGGUUUCACUGCUAGUAUCUUCUGUUUUUGUUACUAGUUUGGAAGUUUUGUAACGGUAAUGUGAUUUUAGGUGAUUUUUAUAAAAUCAAGUGUAAAAACAUUCUCUAAUUUAAGCAGAAGUUGGUAGGUUCUUGUUCUUUAUCUUC